ACACGGCCAGAUCUCGGCCCAAUCUGGUCUUGUCCGAUGACCACAAGGCCAGUUCUCGGCCAGAUCUGGCCCAGAUCGACUUCGCUGUGAGGCAGCAACAUAUCCGGCUCGCAACCUAGGGUUCAAAGCUGCUGCGGAGGUGAGCGGCGGCGGAGCCAGCGCCGACGACCACCGGCCGUUUCCGCGUAAUCAAGGUUCGCACUAUCCAUCUGUGGAUCUUUCCUCCUCCUCCUCCACCACAAGGAUCUAUCCAUCUGUGCAAGACUGCAAGUAGAACAGACUGGCAAGCUAUCCUUGCAUUCAUAAUUGCUGCUAAUUCAUCUGAUUUGAUGUUGUAUACGUUGUUGAACAAGUGGCAAUACCGAACCAAACAUGUUACCAUCCAGUAGCUAGCUUCACCAAGAUCGGGGGGGAUGGAGUAUAUAGGCUAGGAGGGGGCCAAACAUGCAAAUUUUAACAAUCUAGACUAUGUUUAUGCUUGUAUGUGUUAAUCCUGGUACCAUUCCAUCCUGAUUGCACUAAUGCAUCUGAUUUGAUGGUGUAUACGUCGUUGAACAAGUGGCAAUACUGAUUGCUGCUAUUGCACUAAUUUGUUGUGUAUCAUGACCAUCCCAUCCUUAUUGCUGCUAUUUCACAUGAUUUGAUGCUGCAUUUCUGAGGUCUCUGUUUGGUUCAGUACUGCCAUGGUUAGUUAAAUGUUGGAGCAGCUUGUGAGUGUUCAGUCAAGUCCAACUUUGAAUGCUUAGUUCAAGUAUUUUGCUAGGUUCUGAACUUGUAGAGAAGCAAUCCUGGACUAAUAAUUGAUUUGAACUUUGUUUAGCCACUUUUACUUCAUUGUUGCAUGCGUAGAGUUGAUGGUAUCGUAGUGUUUCAUGGGUUUGGUACUGGUCCAUCUGUCGAGUGCAUAGCUUUAGAUAUCUUUUCGUUGUCCAAUAUGACUAUGGUUCUGCUUCUGGUGGUCUAUUCUAUAUUGAAAUAAACAGAUGAAUUUGACCGAGUCCAUCUCUGCAUAUUUGCUUGAUUGAUUCAGUAUACGUAUAUCGCCAUGCAUCUGUGGUUCAAGGGUUUUGCUAGGUUCUGAAUUAGGAGUGGCAAGCAAUCUUGGGCUAGUAAUAAGUAACUAUGUUUAGCCAUUUGUACUUUAUUGUUGAUGUCGUAGAGUUGUCUUUGUCCAUUGUUUGUUAGUUCAGCCUUUUUUAAUGUUGGUUUGCUGGCGGUUGCUAUGUCGUAUGGCAUUAGCUCCAUGUCUGUUUCCAAUUGUGCUGGCUCUGCUUCUCGUGACAUAUACUGAAAAAAAACAGAGACCAACUGCAUCACCAGUCAAUUUUGAUUUGGAAUUAGCAAUGUGCUUCUGCCUUGAAUGAUGUUCUGCUUUUUACGUCUCGUCUUUUCUGUUAUUAAUGCAACCAGUCAUGCCAUGUAAUGCCAUUGGCAUUAAGUCCUUUCUUGAGAUCUUGAAAAAUGUAGAGCCUACCGAAGUUAAAUCAACAAAUCUGAUUGGUCGGGAGUCUGUCCCUUCAGUAUUGGCAUGUCCAGUUAAGUGUCGGAGCAGCUAGUGCGUGAUUGAUUUGAGUCCUCUCUGCAUGUUUUGGUUGAUUGGUUCAGUAUACGUCGCCGUGCUUGUGUGGUUAAAGUGUUUUGAUCGAGGGAGUGACAAGCAUUAUUGGUCUAAUAAUUUAUAACUAUGUUUUGCCACUUGUACAUUAUUGGUGCAUGCCGUGGAGUUGCUGUUAUCGAUUGUUUCAUAGUUCAGCCUUUUAAAUGUUAUCUGGUGACGGUUGCUAUGUCAGAUGCCAUUAGAUUCCUUAUCUGUUUCCGAUAGGCCUGUCUCUGUUUCUGAUGGUACAUUAUGCUGAAACAAACUUAGAUGAACUAUCAGUUUUGAUCUGGAAUCAGUAGUCUGUUUAGAUUCCUUAUCUGUUUUGAAUAGGCAUGCCUAUGUUUAGCCACUUGUACUUUAUUGCUGCUUCUAUAGAGUUUCUUCUGGUGGGUUAAGCCUUAAAUGACGUUCUGCUUGUUACUUCUUGCCUUUGCUGUUAUUAAUACAACAAGCCAUGUCAUGUAAUGCCGUCAGCAGUAAGUCCUUCAUUCAUAUGCUGAGAAAUUUAAAACUUAUACUUAAGUGAAGCAAAGUUAGUGUCAACAACUCUUCACGGUCAUGAAUGUCCAAUUCGGAGUUGUGUUAUUUCAUAUGGCUGACUGCACCUUUGGUACUGGCAUGUCAAGAGAAGUGUUCUAUGCUGCCCAUUGCAUCAUUUCCUUGAUUUUUCAGAUAGUGCCCAAACCAGCCGAUCUUAAAAUUCCAAGAUUCUAUAUAUCACUCCCGGCUCCAAAUAUUAUUUCAACAUGUUAUAUAUAAUUCCUAAUGUGGCUGUUUAUUUCAUUAAGAUUGUUGAACAACUGUUGCCAGGAUGUUUUGUCGUCACUUGUCAUGUUAAUCGUUGGUUUAAUUUUAUCAAAUAACCCCAAUGUAUUUUCAUAAAGCAUGCUGAGUGUAUGUUCUGCACCUGCACAUGGGAAUACAGUAUUGACUAAUAAGUACUCCCUCCGUUUCUAAAUAUAAGUCUUUUAAAAAAAUUCAUUAGGAGUCUACGUACAAAGCAAAAUAGAUGAAUCUACACUGUGUAAAGUAUGUCUAUAUACAUCUGUAUGUAGUCCACCUGUGAAACCUGUAGAAAGACUUAUAUUUAGGAACGGAGGGAGUAUGUGUCAAAUUUCUUGAUAUUUUGUGAAUUAAGAGACAAAAAAGUAGUGGUAUUACUAUCCAAUAACAACUGUAGGACAGGCGCACUAUACCUGAUUAUGUACUGUAGCAGUGUGAAAAAAUGUAAAAGGCCAUGGGUACCAGUACUAGAGAAGCAUGGCCGUUGUUGGCCAAACACACCUACAUGGUACAGUACUGAGUUACUCCCUCUCUGAACCCACCUAGUUGGCAGAUUGCCACAAGUGUGUUACAUGCUACUCAUAGUAGGGAGUAUCAUAUAGUAAUAUCAUGCACAUGAUACUAUGGUAUGAUACUACUGUCAUAAUGCAUAGUAUCAUAAACUAGUGUCAUAGAUGGUCUCAUUUAUUGAUAUGCAUGACACUUAGUAGCAUAGCAUUUAACAUUGAUACGGUAUCUUACCUAUGUUACUCUAACCCUCUCUCUCUAGAUGUGCUCCGCCCACCACUGGGAAUUCCUUCUACCUCCUUCUCUAGAUGCAUUCUGAAGAAUCCAGGACUUACCCUCUCUUUUGUUGUAUCCUAGGGUUCUCUUUAUAUAUAAUAUGAGGAAACGUUGAUGUUUCCGUGUCAAUAGUGGGUUGUGGUAUCUGUAUAUGCUCAUUCACCCUCCCUCUUCAUUAAUCUUGUUCAAUUUUGCUUCUUCUAGAUGUCAAAGCUCAAGCAAGAUGUAUUUGAUAAGGCACAUGAAAUGGCACUGGCUGCUACCACCAGAAAGAGGCCUACCCAGCGCUCCUAUAACGAUCUUGAUAAGGUUAAAAUCACCUCCAGGCCUACUGCACUGCAACUGCUGCACAUGUACAAGGAUAUCCACAACUUAUUUGUUAAACAUAGUGCUGCUUUGGUUCCCCGGAAUGUGUGUUUUGCACAGCCUGUGGGAGGAAUACCGUCAACGUUCAAAGAAGAGCUUCUUGAUGGAGUUCCUGUUGCAAUACCUUAUGAUAAGCAGAAUUUGUGCUUUUUUAUCAUUGAGGUUGUCAUUGACAAGGAUGUGGUUUUUCAAUUCCCAAUGCGUUUCGAUAGCAUGUACUGUUGUGGUUUCCGUGUUCUUGAGCUUGGUGAUGAUCCACUGGAAAAGAUCUGGUAUUCAUUCGGGAAAGUUCAAAUACUUCCGAACAGACUUUUCAAAAACAGGAAGAAAUCUGGUCUGUCAUUAGAUUAUAAUAACUUACGCAAAAUUCAGAUCUUUGGUGGUCUCGUUGCAAAGUUUUGCCACCAUUUUCGAGCGUUUCAACCUCUCAAAGAUGAUGAUGAUAAUUCCAUGGCCCAGCAGUUGAAAGACUCAAUUUUUUUUGUAUUCAGUGAGGGUUCUAGAUUCUGGUUUGCAAUGUGUUUAUCCUUAGAAGGCGUUCAAUGCAAAACGGUAUAUUGUGUGCGUCUGACUGACUUGAUGGCAAAUCUGAUCCAAGAUUAUGGUGACACGUCUCGGCUUUGCGUUUACUUGUGGCUUGCGUUUCUUGAGAGGGAGAUGGACUCGGCUGCAACCUCAUUGCAUGAUAAAAGCAGGUUCCCUGAUUUAUUCUUGGCUUUUCGCAAAGAGGUGGAAAAAUUCUUAAAGUAUGCAGAGGCAGAUCCAGGCUUUAAUAACCGUCCAUUGAUCAAGUUCAAAGGAUCCAAUGAUGGAUAUUGCCUAGGUGCAUUAGUCGGUCAAUCUCUCUUCAUCAUCAAAUACAGCUGUGUCCUAGUUCGCAAGGCUUUAAUGCGUGAAGCGAAUUAUACAAGAAUCUGGCCAGUGAUGUUUAAAGUUACUAAUGAUGAUGUUGAAUGUUAUGAUGACUGAGCAAGCUGUGACACCGGAAAAUCACAAGUUGUGCAGGAGUCCAUCAGAAGCUCGUUCUUGCAUUACAGUAUGGAACCAAUGUCUAACGAUGAUGUUGCAUGUUAUGAUGACUGGGCAAGGGGUGACACCGAAAAAUCACCACCAAUAUUCCGUUUCUCCUGUCUUUGGAUGUAAAAAGCUAUUUUGCAGUUGGUAGGAUGCUGAAAUUUUGGUAGCAAUUGGCCUUGAUUGUUUUGGUGGUGAUUGGGAGGAUGUUGCAAUUUUUUGUAGCAAGUGACGCAAGAGUUCAUCAGAGCAAUCUUCGUUUAUCAAAUAUAUUUCUAAAAGAUACUUGCAGUCAAUGGCAUGUAGAAAUUUUUGUAGCAACUAUUACUAAA